AUGUCCCGCAGAAAGGCCUUCGACACAGCUCUGACCUCGGCACCCGGCCAAGCAGCCCCAAAACCUCAGGCUCGGCAGCAGCAGCAGCAGCAGCAGCAACAGCCUAGACCCCGUCAGCCUUCCAUCACCACUUCUGACCUUCCGCCCAAGGUCACCCCUCCCAACCCCGCCGUCGGGUCCGCCACGGUCCCUACGGAGACUAAAGAGGAGAAGGAGGAAGAGGCGGCUGGGAAGCCAAUACCCGAGGACGAGGUCGAGGAUGAUGGGAUUUGUUUUAUCUGUGCGGAGCCGAUCACGUUUUGGAGUGUCGGGGUGUGCGGGCAUCGGACAUGCCAUGUUUGCGCUAUUCGAUUGAGGACCUUCUACAAAAAAACAGAAUGCACGUUCUGUAAAACCCCAACACCCUCCGUCCUCUUCUCUCGGACACCCAACACCCCCUUCCCGACCGAACACCAUAUCACCCCUAGUCCACCCGCUGUCAUCGCCGCCGCUCAGGCCGGGGCGGAUAAGCUCGAGAAGGGCCAGCGGUGGGAUCGGGGGCUGACGUUACCUGGAAAGUUGGACAUGACUGCUUUUCCGCAUACGGAUGAAAAGCUCGGCGUGGUGUUUGAGGAUGAAGAUAUGAUGGAGGCUACGCUCCUCUUACUCCGGUUCAACUGCCCUUACCCCGACUGCGCGCACAUGGGGACAAGCUGGGACACCCUCGAACGGCACACCGUGGCGAUGCACGGCCUCACCCUAUGUACACUCUGCAGAAGCCAGCUCUCCCGAUUCGCGCAUGAGCAGGUGCUCUACCCGCCGCAUCUGCUCGCGCUGCACAAUCCCGCGGUGCUGAAGCGGGGCCAGCGGGGGCCGAGACCGAGAGGUGAAGAAGAGAUUGAGAUGGUCAAGAAUUGGGAGGCCCCGCAUCCGAUGUGCGAGUUUUGCCACGUGGCCUUCUUUGGCCCGGAUGAGCUGUUCAAGCAUAUGCGGGAAAGGCACGAGGAGUGUUUUGUCUGCCGUCAGCUGGGAGAGAAGGACGUCUACUUUCAGGAUUACACUAGCCUGGAGCAGCACUUCAACUCUUUCCACCAUCCAUGCAACCAGCCCAGCUGCCUCGAAAAGAAGUUCGUCGUUUUCCCAUCCGAGAUGGACCUCCGCGCGCACACCAUGCAAGAACACGGGGAUCAAAUGUCCUCCCGAGACCGCGCCAAUGCCCGCCACAUCCCCGUCGACUUCUCCACCACGUCCAACACCGGUCGAUCCGCUCGACGCGCCGCCCCGCCCCAUCAGGCACAGCAGCAGGGCCGCGGAUUCUCGCUCGCGCGUGAUCAGGGUGUUCAACAACAACAGAUCUCGCAGCCUCCGCCGAUGGCGCCCGAGCAGGCUGCGCAGGCUCGGCGAGGUCAGCAAGUGGACAGACAAGAAGAGGGCAGGAGGAGGCGGGCGUUCGAGACGGGUCUGACCGGGAGUGCCGCGCCUGCGCAUUUGCAUGAGGAUAGAGGUGGGAGUGGGCAUGUGACGCCGAGGGAUGAUGUGGAUGAUGCCACACUGGACCGACACGCUGCGCUCAUGUCCCGCGUGUCUAUGCUCGUCAAUGAUAGCCAAAACAAGCUCAGCUCGUUCCGUUCGGCCGUGAGGCAGUUUAUGGUGAACGAGUCGAGCGGGAAGGAUCUCAUCGAUACGGUCUUCAACGUCCUAGAUCAGGACCGGGAAGCGACCGUUGGGGUGUUGAGGGACGUUGUGGGGUUGUUGGAUGGACCGAGUGAGGCUGAGAAGGGACGGAAUCUGCUCGAGGCGCUCAAUGGGUUCAGGAUUCAGCAACGCGACCAGUUCCCCGCUCUCGCGACCCCCGGUGGUCUCGGAUCAAACUACGCAGGCAUCACCUCCGGCGCUAUCCUCAAUGCCAAGCGCUCGACCCACACUCAGCGCCGCGGUGCGGGCUCCCAGUCCGUCUGGGAACGCGUCGAAGCCGCUGCGGCGUCCCAGCCUUCCUACCGCCCCUCCGCCACGAUGGGCGCCAAUGGCCGACACGUCCCCGGCGCAUCCGGGCCCGCAGCCAGCGCAUUCCCCAACCUGGGCGCCGCUGGACCUAGCCGCGGAUCCGCCCACUCCACGCCUUGGUCCACUGGCGGCGGCGGAGGUUCCUCUUCUCGCGCCCCACCGGCACUCGCCGCUCCGGUCAUCCGAUCUGUCAACCUCUCAACUGGACCCCCCAAGAAACAUAAUAUCUCCACUUCGGCGUUCCCGUCGCUCCCGCCUGCGCAGAGCCAGAGUGCCGCGGAGAGACGAGCGCUUUUCACGAAGCCCAAUGCUAGAGAGGAGAGUAUACGGCGGAUAAAGGGGACGGGACCUGCGCCGGUGCCUCACACGGCUGGAGGGAGUAUGUGGGGCGCGGGUGGGGGCGGAGGGGGGUUGGAGAGCGGGAUGGAGGGGCUGGAGGUGGGUGCGAAUGGGGAUGGAGGGGGUGCUGGUGGAGGGGGCGGGAAGAAGAAGGGGAAGGGCAAGCAAUUGCUCUUCUCGGUCUCGGCGAGGCCUUCUUGA